AUGGUCGCGUUCGGACUCCGGCUCGUGGCGUCCUUGGCCGUCUCGGCGGGCGUCGCCUUUGCGGCGCCUCCGUCCGCCCGGCUACUGGUGGACCGGGCGCAGGGCGUGCUGCCCAGCAAGGACCCCUGGUACGCCGUGCCGGACGGCCUCGACGCCGUCAAGCCGGGAACCAUCCUCAAGCACCGGACGCCACCGAAGCCCAUCGCGGCGUUUGGUCUCCUCCCCGUGAACCUCGAGGCCGCAUAUCAGAUCCAAUACCGCACGACCGACAGCCUGGGCAAUGCGACGGCAACGGCAUUGACCGUCAUGGUACCGCAUAGCGCCGAUUACACGAAGGUCUUGUCGUACCAGGUGGCUGAGGACUCGGCCACCAUCGACUGCGCGCCUUCAUAUGCGUUUCAGUUUGACCACGCCAAGGGCCCGGACAUGGGCACCAUGGUGACCGAGGCGGAGCUGAUACUUGUGGAAGCCGCUCUCGAGCAGGGAUGGGUUGUCAUCGCGCCGGACUUCCUCGGCCACGAUGGUGCUUUCCUGGCCAACGCUCUAGCGGGCCAUGCAACGCUCGACGGCAUCCGCGCGGCGAUCAACUCCAACUCCUUUACGGGCAUCAGUACGAACCCGACCGUCACCAUGUGGGGGUAUUCCGGCGGCAGCCUGGCCUCGCUCUGGGCCGCGGAGCUGCAGCCGACGUACGCGCCGGAGCUGAAGAUCGCGGGCGCGGCCGUGGGCGGCACGGUGCCUAACAUCACGACGGUGGUGACGAGCAUCAACGGCAAGGGAUCCGCGGGGCUGAUCCCGACGGGCGUCGUCGGACUGAUGAACCAGUACCCUGAGCUGGUGCCGGUAGUGGAGCAGCACCUGCUUCCACAGUAUCGCGACGAGUUCUUCAAGGUGCGCGGGCAGUGCUUGGCAGCCAACUCGAAGCAGUUCGAGAACAAGGACAUCGUGGGAAUGUUCGAUGACCGGAACCUCGUCUACACGAACCCAACAGCGGUGCGAAUCAUCGCGGAGAACGCGCAGGGGAUAACUGGGACGCCGCGGAUCCCCCUCUUCAUCUACAAGUCGGUGAACGACGAGAUCAGCCCCAUCAGCGAGACCGAUGCCCUCGUGGACAAAUGGUGCGCGGACGGCACGCGCAUCGAGUACCAGCGCGACAAGGAGUCGGACCAUGAGAAGCUUGCAAUCCUCGCCGCACCCAAGGCGCUGUCGUGGCUGAUUGACACGAUGAACGGGCGGAACCGCAACACGGAAUGCGUCACGCGCACCGUCUUCUCGUCCUUGCUGGAUCCGGCAGCGAUUGGGGUGCUGCCCAAGAUACUGAUUGACGCGCUGCUGGAUCUGCUGGGAAAGCCCGUCGGGCCAUUGAUCGGAUGA